AUGUCCGACACCGGCUUUCACGACGCCCCUACCGAGGGUCUCGGCCAAGCCCCCGCUGCCUUGGCCGCUGGUCCUAGCCCUGAGGAUGUCGCUGCCCUUCGUACUCAUGGCUGGACUGAGAACGAGAAGCUCGACUACGAUGCCUACAACGCCGCCCCUUCGGACAUCACCNCCACUUGGGCCACCACUGCUCAAGUUUACGAGUGGAGCGACGAAGAGGGUGACAUCGGUCCUCCCGAUGCCGAGCUGGAACAGCAGCUCUUCGGUGAGCGCCACAGGGCCGGAACCUCCCUCGACCACAUCAUGGACUUCAGAGCCAACGUCGAAGGUCCCAGACAGUUCUCUCCUACCGCCAGUGUUCUGGCCAAUGUCCAGCUCUGCGGUUACGAAGAGAUCACCGUCAUUCAGGCCUACUGUGUGCCUAUCAUCCUCGCCGGUCACGAUCUCGUUGCUGUCGCCCAGACUGGCUCCGGAAAGACCGCCGCUUACCUUGUCCCUAUCAUCUCCAAGUUGAUGGGUAAGGUCCGCAAGCUUCAGGGACCUCGUCCUGUCGCUGGCAGCCGCGUUCGCGCCGAGCCCCUGGUUGUCAUCGUUGUCCCCACCCGCGAGCUCGCUCAACAGAUCUUUGAUGAGGCUCGUCGCUUGUGUUACCGUUCCAUGCUGCGCCCUGUUUGCGCUUACGGCGGUAUCCCCAUGGGCAUCAACCUUCAGGAGCUCGGAAAGGGCUGCGAUCUGCUCAUUGGUACUGCCGGUCGCCUCAACGACCUGAUGAACAAGCCCGAUGUCCUUUCGAUGAGACGUGUCAAGUUCACCGUCAUUGACGAGGCCGAUGAGAUGCUCACUCCUGAUUGGGAAGAUGAGAUGGCCAAGAUCAUGGGUGGCGGUGAUGCAAACGAGGAUCCCGACCACGCAUACCUCUUGUUCUCUGCCACGUUCCCCAAGGAGUCCCGUAAGGUGGCUCGUACCUACAUGGACCAGGAUGCCAUGCGUGUCCGUAUCGGCCGUGCUGGUUCGACCCACAAGAACGUCACUCAGGACAUCAUCUUCGUUGAACGUAACCAGAAGAAGCAAGCUCUGUACGACCUCCUUAUGGCUAGAGAUCCCUGCCGCAUCUUGAUCUUCUGCAACAGCAAGGGCGCUGUUGAGGAACUCGAUGAUUACCUCUUCAACCGCGGCUUCCCUACCAACUUCAUGCACGGCGAUCGUUCUCAGCUGGAGCGUCAAGACUCGAUGCGCAUCUUCAAGAGCAGAGAGAAGGGCAUUAUGAUUGCCACCAACGUCUUUGGUCGCGGCAUCGACGUUCCCCAGGUCAACCACGUCAUCUGCUAUGACUUGCCUGGCGUUGAGUAUGGCGGCAUCUCGGAGUACAUCCACCGCAUUGGUCGCACCGGUCGCAUCGGCCACAAGGGCCACGCUACCUCGUUCUACAACGAGCGUAACGAGGACCUGGCUCCUUUCCUUGUGAACAUCCUUCUCGAGAGCGACCAGACUGUGCCCGAUUUCCUUGAGGGUUUCAAGCCUGAGAGUGGCAAGCCUGAAUUCGAAGACGACAUUACUGACGAUGAGGACGAGGAGACCUCCGGCUAUGUCGCUGCCCCCGGUGCUGGUGCCUUCACCGAGGCUCCCACUCCCGCCGCUUGGGGUACCGAGUCUUCGGCUCCUGCUGUUGCCGAGCCCGACCCUUGGGGUGCUCCUGUUGUUGCUGGCUCUUGGUAG